AUGGAGGCGGGGUUCGUGGCAGCGUCGCAGGGUGUUCGUGAGUUGCUGGAAUUAAGAAAGCUCUUUAACGAGCUGAAAAUGGCGAUGGUCGAGCCCAUGCCGAUGUGGAUGGACAACUAA